AAUGGUCGAGAUAAUAAAAUAAUUAAAACCUACUGUUUCAAGAAUAUAAGGUAAAGUAACGAUAAAAGAUUUUUAGCUUUGGGGUAAAUUAAAUCAUAUUAUGGCAACAUUAUAUAUCCUUAAUGUCAAACUUAAAUCAAAACUUUACGACUUACGAGUUGCUUUUCGGAAAUUCGGACUCUCAUUUCGCGUUAAUAAUUUAAUUAAAAUACUGUACGUUAUUUAAUUUAUUUUUAAGUGGUAAAGAAAGUUAAAUAAAAAGCUGCUUUGAAUCAUAAUAUUUAAAUUCAGACGGUGUAUCAACUCUUUCUUAAUGUUUAACAAAAACAAAUAAACAUUGCAUUAUAAUUAACAUGGAAAGUAUGUGCAGGUUUUGCUUACAAGUAUCUAAUGAAGAUAAUAUGAUCAAAUUACAUGCAGAAAGCGAUGUUAUCUCGAAAAUUCAGUCAAGUUUGUCAAUACAAAUAACAAUUCAAGAUUCCCUCCCAAACCAGUCAUGCAAAGAAUGUGAAGACAAAAUAACAAUUAUAUACGAAUACUAUUUAAAAGUAAAAGAAAGUGAAGAAAAAUUACAACAAUACCUAAACAAUGGUUCCAUGGAAGCUUUUAGUCCACAACUAGCAAAUAAAAUAAAUAUAAAAGAAGAAAAUGAUAGAUUAAUAUUUUGUGAAAGUGAAUACAUUAAAAAUGAAGAUGCAGAUCACAAACCUAUAACAAAUAGCACAAAAGAGAAUAAUUUCAAUGAAUUCAAUGAAAAUGAUGAUAUUAAGAAUGAAAUCUGUAUGGAUACAGACAACUAUGACACAUCACACAAUUCUGAUGAAGACACAACCCUAUCUGCCAUAAAAAACAAUAAGACAUCACCAUUAAAAGCUUCUAGAAAACCUAAGAGGCAAAAAACAAAAACACAUCCACAAAAACAUCAUAAAAUUGAACCGCAGAAUGGUACUGACACAACUUCAGACGCACUCAAACAGUUUACGUGUCUAACUUGUCUGUACGUCUGUAAGUCACAAUCUGAUCUCAUAAAACAUUACCAUGAUAACCAUAUGCUGAAUAAAGUAACAUAUUCUGUUGAUGGUGAUGAGGGUACUGUGGUAUACAAAUGUGAUGGUUGUGGGAUGAUCUGUGAUAGCAUUGAGGAUAUGGAAAUACAUUUGGGUCUUCAUAAAGAUGAGAGGCCAUUGAUUUGUAAGAUUUGUGGAAGAAUGUACAAAACCGUGACGGAGAUAAUCCGGCACGCGCGCGCACACAACGGCUUCAAGCUGCAGUGCUCACACAAAUGUGGGUACACCACCGCUUACAGAGGCGCUCUGAAAGAACACGAGAAUAGACAUCUCGAUGUUUAUAAAUAUACAUGUGAGAAAUGCGGUAAGGGUUUCCACGCUAAGACAUGGUACGAGCAACACCAGAACAUACAUAACGGACUGAAGCCAUUCUCCUGCGAUCUAUGUGGUCUAGCUUUUCAUAUGGACAGGUAUCUAACAGCCCACAAGACCUCCAUGCACCCGCAGACGUCCAGCGUUAAGCGAUACAUUUGUGUGCAUUGUAACCAAAAGUGCGAUAGUGCCAACAGUCUAGCCAUACAUUUAGAGAAACACGGUAUAAACAAGGAAAAGGAGUUUCUAUGCGACUUCUGUGGGAAGAUCCUGGCGAGUGGAGACCAGCUCAAGUAUCAUCAUCGGAUGCACUCCGGUGUUAAGCCAUAUUCCUGCAGCAUAUGCAACAAGACAUUUGCCAAGAAGUUCAAUGUGAAGGUCCACAUGAGCUCUCACUCCAGCGAGAAGAGUCACGCCUGUACGGUUUGUGGGAAACGGUAUACGCAGAGGAGUACACUUCUAAGGCACGUAAGAAGGCACCAUGCUGGUGGCACCUCACCAAUCCAGCCUGGAUGACAUUUAAGAAGUAUUGAAAAUCUGUUAAGAUUUACAAUAAAAUGAUCUUGUAGUUGUAA